AUGGCUGGCAGCUCACUUGACACCAAUCCGCCUACCGUUGACCGCCAUAUCACAGCCGGAGGCUGGGCGGUAUUCGCCAUCAUGCUGAUCAGCGACGCAGUCAUGUUGUUUUGGCUUUUCACGUUCGUGCGGUACAUCCAAUGGUUCAUCACCUUCCCGCUCCUCCUCCUCGAGCUCCUUCUCACCACCGGCUUCUCUCUCUCCGGCAUCUUCACCGCCGUCUUCAUGGCCUGGGUCGCCGUCGGUUCCGGCCUCGUCGGCGCGCUCGUGUCGACCGGCUGCAAAUGGGGCUACAGUCAACUCCCUCGUAACGCAUACCCCUCGGGAACCGCCCAAAGGUCGCAAAUCUGCCCACCCCAACAGCCUGAUACCUACAUACGAACAAAUAAAUAA